UUUUCCUGAAUGGUGCCCGACGUAGUUAAGGGUAAAACUUCGUAAACUAAAAUUAGGCUGCUGACAUCAUUGGAAUGAUGUGCUUGAACUGCUGUUCAACACCCAAAAACAGGAGCGCUAACUGGACUGUAGCCACAGUACAUUGCUGAUACUGUAGCUGGCAAGUUCGGGUUUUUGAAUUGACACUUACGCAUUGUCACGCCAUCUUUUUUCUUCUCCUUGAAUAACACGUCUUGCUCAAAAUCGGCGUUUAUAGUGAAAACCUCAAUAAUGAUUUUCAAAGUUAUCAUCCUUGUGGUGUUGAUUGCCGUUCACAGCGCUGUCGCAGGAAAUGGUACAUCAACAGACCAAAGAUUCAGACCUCCCCAGGCAAAAAAUAGUACAAAUGGGAUUUCUCCUAAGAGUUUUGCAGGGUUCCUUGUGGAAACAACUGAUGAACCCAUUGACUUCUCAGAUGACUUCCAUGAUGGUGAGAGACAUAAAGCCAAGAAGCCUUUCAACAAGACGCAGUUCAGCAUCUCUGAGCAGACCAAGAAGUUCCUUACUAGCUCUGUGAUGACUGUCUUCAUCCCCACAAUCUACACCUUGGUGUUCAUCAUCAGUGUCCCUCUCAACGGCAUCGCCAUCAUGAUGUUUGUACUCAGAAUCCAACCCAAAAAACCAUCUGCGAUCUAUAUGUUCAAUCUGGCUGUGGCCGACCUGCUUUUCGUACUGCUGCUCCCCUUCAAGAUGUCCUACCACUUCAACAGCAAUAACUGGGUGUAUGGGCCAGUCAUGUGCCGUGUGGUCACCUCUUCCUUCUACUGCAACAUGUACUGCUCCAUCCUGCUUAUGAUGUGCAUUAGUGUGGACCGCUUCCUGGCCGUGGUUUAUCCCAUCGACUCGCUGAAAUGGCGAAACCAGCAGAAAGCUCUGGUAGUAUGCAGUGUCACAUGGCUGCUGGCGGUCGCCGGGGUGAUGCCCAUCCUCCUGUCCGAGCAGGUCGCCUACAUCCGGGAUCUGGACAUCACCACCUGCCAUGACGUGUUGGACAUUAACAAGCUGCAGGGCUACUACCUCUACUUUUUCCCCAUCUUCUCCUGCCUGUUCUUCUUCCUCCCCCUCAUCAUCACCACCUUCUGCUAUGUGCGCAUCAUUAAGGCCCUCAGGAACAGUAAAAAGUUUAAAGUAAAAAACUCCAAGAAGACCCGGGCCGUGUUCAUGGCCAUCGUCGUACUGGCCGUCUUCAUCACCUGCUUCGCCCCAACCAAUGUCAUACUGCUGGUCCACUACCUGCAGUUCACCCACAGCCACGGUGACACUUCCUAUGCUGCCUACCUGAUUUCUGUGUGCAUGGGCAGUGUGAGCUGCUGCCUGGACCCACUCAUCUACUACUUGGGCUCAUGUCAGUACCGGAAGCAGGUGGCCACUGUUCUCCAUUGCCAAGCCUCAAGGGAGUUCCAGAGCACGCAAUGUGAAAACAGCAGGAUCACGAAGCUGGACACCUUCCAGGGCAACAUGACCAGCCAGUACAAUAAGCUGAUGGCUGAACACAAUGGGUGACUCAUACGGAUGCAUAUGCCACAUGAAAUUUACAUGUUAAGCUGAUCAGUCUAGUAUUAACAGCACAAUAUUUGCCGUUUUUCUAGCUAUUACUAUGUACAGCCAUGUUUGUGCAGUGUUCAUUUUGGCAGCUUUUUUAGAUUUAGUUUUUUUGACUAAAGCACAUAUUAGUCUUAGUCACAUUUUAUUCUUUCCACCCUUAUUUUUAGUUUUAACUGACAAAAACUCUACCCAUUUUUGUGUAGUUUUAGUCACAUUUUUGCAUUUUAUCUUUUGAUUUUCAUUACAUUAAUACAGACAUUAUCCUUUCAUAGAGCACCCUCAAAUGCCCUAUAUUCCAUUCAUGUCUUUAAUUGCUAAGAUAACAAAACAGCAAAUAAUGCUAUUGUCAGAUUUUAUGUAGGACCGCCAGCUGUAUAUCUGACAUAUUUUGUCACCUCCAACAAUCCUGUUUACACUAACAAAGGUCUUGCUUAUUACUUUACAAGUUGAAUCAGCUGUGCUGGUACUUGAAUACACCUAACAUAUGGAACACAGGGGAAAACAGGACAUACAAUCAGUAUUGUAAUUUAGAAGGUUACAUACAAUUCAGCUCCAAAGUACAAAGUACAGUACAUCAGUUCAAACUCCACCUUGAGGGCAGGUACUAACUAGCUGAUAUUAUAUUGCUUUCAUGACAAGAGAAUGUAUUGUACCUAGCCUCUGAAGCUAACUGAUGAAUUCACCUCCAAAAUGAAUAUAUUUAGCAACAGUAGGCUAGACUGAAUGCAAGGAGGUAAAACCAGGGAGGAAAGCAUGUAAUGUCAGUAGUUCGCUAGCCAACUAUAAAAACACUGUCUUCGUAAAUCCGUUGCUGCGCGUUUCCCUCCGGUUUAUAUUAUAUUAUAUUAUAUUAUAACAAUCAUCUUGCACUUUCCAUACCUCCUCCAUAACCAUAUCAAUAUUAGGUACGCUUGGAUUGCAUACAAAUAUUAACGUAAGAUAACGGUAUUCUAUGCUCACAUUCUAUGAACAGUACUAGGAAAAAGCGUUCAUACUUUUUGAAUGGCGUGCUGCGUGCAUGCGUAUGAUUGUAUUGAACAUAUGCAGAAGCUUCAUGGUUAAGUGAAUGUCUGUUAGUCCAUCAAUGAUAUUUUCGAAAAGACGUUUAUAGUUAUCGUUUUUCCAAAGUCGUUUUUCUAACUUUCAUCUAGUUAUCGUUACGUUUUCGUCAU